UCUCGUUCCUGUUGCUGGGACUUAGCUGUGCACAAACAAGUUGAUAACGUCGGAUAAACUGCACAACCAACAGGAGAGCUCCGAAACUAAGGACAGUGAUAUAUAAAAACGGUUUUUAAAAUGUUUUAAACAUCUGAAACCCUAUCGUUGGUAAAGUCCUGAACAAGGGUGAACUUCACUUGGAGCAGCGGGAAAAUCCCGCGAAUGCUGGAUCGGAAACAGCAGGCUGGAAGGACUCCGGGUGGUGAGACUGUGCCGGCUGCGAACAUCCAGGUUCGGGCAGGGACUCUUCCCCAGGUGACGCCGCUGCUCCACGCGUCGCUGCUUCGGAGUGAACUUCAUGGCUCCUGCUUAACCUCACCAGCCACUCAACCUCUGCCGGAUCCCGUUCCUAUAAAAUCAAAACAAACAAACAAACAAACACACACACACACACACACACACACACACACACACACACACACACACACACACACACACACACACACACACACACACACACACACACACACACACACACACACACACCUGGUUUACUGUUUCUAUGGCGAUGUGGUCGAGUGAUUGUUGCUCCGUCAUUUAGCCGCAGAAUAUAAAUAACCUGGAAACACGGACUGGAAAGGAGAAGUUUUUUUUGUGUCCAGCCCUCAAGGGGGGAGGGGGGAAGACAAAGAUGUUAGAAAGAGAAGAGAUUCCAUUUAUGGUGGUGUUCGUGGCUACCAUUUUAUUGGGCACUACGGGGAAUGUCAUCGUGCUUUUCGCGUUCAUCAGCAACGCGGUGAAACACAGGCGUUUCCCGCCGCUGGACAGAGUGAUCGUGAACAAGACCUUCGUUAACUUGCUGCUCUGCUUCUACCAGGGCGUCCCGCGAGUGCUGAUGUUCUACGGCGUCGAGCUAUUCGAGGAGACGAGCUGUAUCAUUCUGGUCUAUCUGAGCUCCUCGCUCAGGUCCAUCAGCAUCUGGACGGUCUCCAACCUCAGUUUCCUCCACUUGAUCAAAAUUAACAGACCUCGCUGCGCUCUGGCCAGUUACAUCAGCAGCCACCAGAGCGGUUAUGUCAACGUGACCAUCAGCGCCUUGUGGCUCACCAGCUUCGUCUUCUACAUCCCCUACACGCUGGACAAGAUCAUUCACCUGUCGCAGGAGAACGAGUCCAGCCCGGUGAAGUACAUCCCCAGUUCCAGCUGCAAUGGCUUGUCCACCAGCCCCGCCUCUGACAUCGUGACUUACAUCUCGGUCAGCCUGGACCUCAUCGCCAUCCUCUGGGUGGUAGUUCUGAACGCUCUGAUCAUCCAACUUCUCUGCAAGCAUCAACGGCGAGUGGCGGCGGCGGGUCAGGGCUUGAAUUCGGCCAACAAGACCCCGCUCCAGGCGACCCGCAUCCUUGUUUCCCUGCUCUGCAUCUACGUGGCCUGCUGGAUCUCCAACGAUAUCGUCUGGAUCAUGCUGAUAGCGAGGAUAACUCCCGACCAAGCUCGGAGCCAGACUCUGAAAUACACCUCCAGUUUCCUCUCUUCACUCUACUACUCGGCCAGCUCGUACGUCCUGGUUUUCGGGCACAGGAACGUAAAAGAGGUGUUCGAUCCGUUCUGCAAACGCUUGAAACAGAGAAAAACUACGCAUUUUCAAGAUGUGGAGAUAUAGUUUGACGUUUGGGAUACAGCACAGUAACAGGACCCUCCGGCCCAAUAAACCCAUACCUCCCAAUUAUAUCAAUGUAUCCAAUUAACCUACCAACCCGUACAUCUUUGGAAUGCAGGAGGAAACUGGAGCACUUGGAGGAAACCCAGGCAGUCACGGGGAGGAUGUACAAACUCUUUACAACAGCAGUGGGAUUUGAACUAUUAUAUUGCUGGCACUAUAAUAACAUUAUGCUACCUGCUAUGCUACUGUGCCACUGUCGAUGGCACGUGUUCUUUUAGGUUAAGGCACUACAAGUUAUUUUCUCAGGAUAUUAAAACCAUGUUGCUCUAUAAAUUUCCCAGUUUAUCCGCUAUUAAUAGAUCUCCUUUCAAAAUGCAAAACCAACCAUCAAUGAGGAUCAUUAAUUUGUAUACUCAGGUCCAGAACUAGCUCUCAGAAUGACCUAGAGAGUAGCACUGCUUAUUGUGAAUGUAUGAAUUGGAUGGCUGGACCUCAGUAAGAUACACAGAAAAUUAAAUAUACAAUUAAGGAUUGCUGGCUGCAAUAUUCUUCUGUUAAGCAAGUUGAGUGAUAAUUGUGGUUCAUUGAGAGUUUCCAAGCAUUUCCUACAGCGGGGGUGUCUAGGACCAGAGGGCACAGCAUCAGAAUAAAAGGAUGUCCAUUUCGAACAGAGAUGAGCAGGAAUUUCUUUAGCCAGAGGGUGGCAAAUCAGUAGAAUUCCAUGCUGUAGAUGGCUGUGGAGGUCAAGCCAUUAGGUUGGCCUCCACAAAGUGGAGGUUGACAGGUUCUUGAUUAGUAAGGGCGUCAAAGAUUAUGGGGAGAAGGCAGGAGAAUGGGAUUGUGAGGGGUAAUAAAUCAGCCACGAUGGAAUAGCAGAGCAGACUCAAUGGAUAAGGUGGACUAGUCACACCAUUGAAAUACAUGGAUCUGUGUGAAGUUGAUGAAGGUCACCAGCACCAUUACCUGAAGGGCAAUUUGGCAUGGGUACUAAACAAUAACCUUUUCAGCAAUGCCCGUAUUCUAAAAAUGACUAACUAAAAGCAUACAUGAAAGGCAUGUGAUGAAUUCAGCAGAAAUAGUUAUUUGUUUACUUUAGUACAAAUAAAAUGUCAAUAGUGUUGUGAGGAACAUGGUAAGUUGUAUAGAUGACAAAUUGCGAGAUGAUCCACUUUGGUAUACGAAACAGAAUGACAGAGCAUUUUUAAAUGGUGAAUGAUUGAAAAUUAAAGCACACAAAAUGUUGGAGGAACUCAGCAGGUCUGGCAGCAUUUAUGGAGAGGAAUAGACAGCUGACGUUUCGGGGUAGACCCUUCAUUAGGACUCAUGAUUGAAAAGUGUUGGUGUUGAGAGGAUAUCCAUUGUGUGUAAAUCACUGAAACUCAACAGAGUGGUUCAAUAAGCAUUUGGGAUGGCAAACAGUAAAGUGACAAGAUUUUGUGACUAAGUGAUAAAUGUGCUCAUUAGUGCGAGCUGUGUAACAUCAUGAGCCUGCUGGAGGUGGGCAGAUGCAAAGGACCAAUGCUCCCACCUCUGCUUGCCUUCCUGUCUCUGAUUGUCUUGCCCACACAGGAGGGCGAGGUUGGGUGGGGGUGCUCUGGUUUAAGCCCAAGGCUUAUGGUGGCACAAUGUAGGCCUUCCCUGACCAGUGGGCAGUGCCGGCAUUGGACAGCUUCAGGACAGGCCAGGAACAUUAUUAUUUAAGUGAUGCGGUUUCUUCUUUUAUCAUUUAAUUUCCUGAUAGCCUUGAUUCUUUAACAGUGACCACAUUUGGUUGAUAACUGUGAGGCACUCCGGUGCUCCUUGCUUCCCAGUUGACUGCUUUCUCAUUGCUUACUAAGAAAAGGUUAUCAGGGAAUUGCUCACAUUUAUAUAACACUACCAUUAUGUACCUAUUGCUUUCUUUGUUCCUUCUCUCUCCCCAUGAACAGAUUUACCAGGUUUUUCCCUCUCCUGUUAUAAUUUUCCAAAUUGGGGAAAUAUAGGUGUUGAUCUGCUACUGAAAAUCUUGCUAUGUUUGUGAGAUACAAUUUCUCUUUUGUUUAAAAGGUGGUAGAAAGUUCAUUGUAUCCUUAAUAACAUAUUCUCAUCAGCACUGCCUAUUAUUUUAAGAUUCAGUUAUCUAACACAUUGCAGAUUACAUAACAACCACCGGUUGGUUUUAUACUUGCCUGGUGAUUUUUUUAAAAAUUGCAUAUGGACUCCAGUCAUGUAUUAAAACAAAAUAUUUAUUUUGCACAGUUUGUCAUAACUCUCUGACUUUAAUGCUUUUGAUUUGGAAAUGUCAUUGUGGAACUGCAUUUUGCAUUACUUAACGCAGAUAUUUUGACAAAACAACAAUCAUUUGAAAUCUACGCACAUGAACCACAGGUUUUCACUGUUGUUGUCACACUAUAUAAAGUCAUGUAAAAAAUUUAUUUUAUAAGCCAUUUGAUCAAAUCCUUGUUUUUAAACGCCAAAUGCAGUGAUUUUGUUAAAAUGCAGAGGUUGUAUUUAUAUAUCCAACUCAGUGAAAUGAUGCUACAAAACAAUUGUUAUCAUGCAAGAUUU